AUGAAUAAAAAUCCGCUAGCAGCUAUCUCUGGCUGCAGAUCUGGACUUCGAAGUCAAUUCCUCUUCCAGUUCCUCGAAAACUCAACGUCCGCGACGAAUCUACCCCUACUUGCUCGUUUAGAAAUUUAUCACGGUCCGGAGAGUGACCUUACCGUUUCAUUCAUUCAUUCACCAGCGCGAAAUUUCCUUCCCCCGUUUUCAUCGAGCCAGAACGCCAUCAAUUUUUCUUCGACUCUCCUCGAGGAGCUUCCCACUGUCGCGCCACCUACAAUUCUCUUGAAGGGUCGGCGCAACGCGAAAGCAGCCAGAAUUUUUCAUACCACCGUCCGUCACAUAGUGCUAAGAAUUUUCUUCUUUUCGACCGUUCUGGACGCGAUCGAUUUUCUCCUUUUCCAAAGGGACUUAGGGGCUGUAAUG